AUGGCUUCCACCUGCACAUCAUGGAGCCCCCUUCCAUGCGGAUUCCGACGGAGGUGGCUUGUUUUGAAGCCGAUGCAGCAAGGGGCUCUGCACGCAUUUUUCCAGCGGAACCCAUACCCAGGCAUCGCCACCAGAGAACGACUGGCCCGAGAGCUAGACAUUCCAGUAUUCAGAAUCCAGGUGUGGUUCCAGAACCAGUGCACGAGACAGCUAAGGCAAAGCUGA